GAACAGUGGUGCACAGAGACGCAGAAACACUUCGUUGGGGUUUUAGUGGUCUGGGUGGAACUUGGACCACCAGAGGCCUUUUGAAGUCGACAGAUGCCUCAACAUAAUGAUCCUUAGUAGAAAUAAAAACAUGUGCACAGACUUUUAAAAUGUCCUGGAUGUAAAGAAGACCCCAGACUAUUGGUUCUUUCAAGGAUUUACAAGAGCAGUUGGUGGAUGAUACAAACAUCUCCAACACGGGAGAGCAAGCUUCCAUCCUGCCAAUUCAAAUAGACUUUAGAAAGGUGUAAACAACUUUAGGAGAGUCUACUUCAGCACCGAUGGCGGGGAAACCUCUGGAGAGUCUUAUGUCAGUUUCAGUAAACCAUCAGCUUGUGUCCAACUCCGCUGCUCAGCCCCGGAGGCAGCAGCCUGGCAGGGGGGUCAGCCCAGCAUCCCUGCACACACACAGGCAGAGCACACGCAGGAAGUGGGCGCAGUCUAUGUUUGGGUCCAGGUUAAACUCUGGUUCUUGUGGUCAGUCUGCAGUCCGGGCCGGGACACUGAGGGGUCAGCACUCUCCAGAAAAUGCAGCGCGAGAGAGGAGCCGUGUUCGUAACCUACGACAGGCUUUCCACAGCCUUCAGGCGGCUCUGCCCUCAGUCCCACCUGACACCAAACUGUCCAAGCUGGACGUUUUGGUUCUGGCUACUAACUACAUUGCUUUCCUGACGGAGACACUGGGCCAGGGACGGACGCUAGCUGAGCACACCCUGCCCCCCCAGCCAGGGGGAUACCUGCAUCCUGUUAAGAAGUGGCCCAUGCGUUCCCUGCUCUAUUGUGGCAGCGUGGCAGAGCUGCUUUCAGGAGUCCCAGUCAAUCAGACGCCUAUUCCUGGACGGGAUGGGACAUACCCCCUAACCCCCCACCAAGAAGUAAACAAAGAGUGAUAGCUAAGAGGGGUAAUAACUUUCCCCUAGUUCUUAUCUCAAAUGUUAACCAGCUGCAAUUGGGAGCAUAAGAAAAAACUUUAUCUGAAGUUUUUAUCCGUCAGUAAGACGCUUUUUUCCUUCUACAUGUUGUUUAUGUAGGCUCUUUAACAACACCACAGAAACUGAAAUAAAAACUUUUAAGCUAUGAAAAGUAAAAGGAAGGCAAAGAUGUUCACAUGUUAGAUGGAGUUCAACAAUAUGCAGUUACAAUCACAUUUAGAAAAAAAAACGAAUAAUCCUUUCUCAUUUCAUUAUUUAAUUCAAAAAUUGGCUAUUGCGUGACUAUUAUGUUUGUAUCUGCAAAAGCCUGAAAAGACAGAAAAUAUAACUUUUCCACCAGAGAAUAUGUGUGUGUGUGUGUGUGUGUGUGUGUGUGUGUGUGUGUGUGUGUGUGUGUGUGUGUGUGUGUGUGUGUGUGUGUGUGUGUGUGUGUGUGUGUGUGUGUGUGUGUGUGUGUGUGGGGGAGUGUGAAUCAUGGACUCACAGAUGUGCAGAGGGAGGAUGUUGUGGGAACACAGCUGCUGUCUGAUCACUUUUUAUCUCUGCAGUAACGAU